ACAGUGAUCAUGCGCAGUUAGUGUCCGUUUCAGACUCAAAAAGCUUUAAAGUUUUCCCUAGUGUUCCUAGCACAGUUCUGUGGUUCCGCGUGAGGAUGUUGAGCUAGGAAGACGUUUUAAGCUGUUGCCACGGACCGUGCAUGCGAUUCAAUUAAUCCAAGCAGGAGAAAUGGAAGACAACAGCUGUGAAGUAGGGAGAGAUUCUAGAUUGCUUGGUGGGAAUGAAAAAAGGAAGAGAAUUUCCGACUCAAAAGACAGGACCCCUUCAGACAGGAAGACCAUAAAGGAUGCUACAGAGAAAAAACACAAGAAUAGUCGGGAGAAGGGCGAGAAGCACAGUGGAUCAGCAGUUGUGGUUAGAGGUACUGACUCCUGCUCAGAAUCACACCGCAAACCUCUGCAGGAGUCCAAAAUCACAAGUUCUGAGAUACUUGCUUGUCAUGUAAUGGCAGAAUCUGGGGGCUGUGAAGGGGAAGUUGGUAUAGAGGUCUUUGACACCAAUAUGGAUACAUGCCCCUCACCCUGUAGGGACUAUACAGACCCAAACAACAACAUAUUUACUGUGAGUGAGGAAUAUGAUGGGAAGAGAUCAAUUGACAGUGCAGCGCAUCAAAACUUUGUUUCGGAAAGGCCAGCACAUGCCAAGAAAACAAAACAUACAGAGGCAUCAAAAAUUAAGGACAAGAAAAAGCAUAAAUCCAAAUGUAGAAAAGAGGGGACUUGCGAGAUGGAGAAGAGUGGGAAGCCCCUGGAACUGACAAAGGACACUCCGCGAACAAAGAGCAGAUCCAAGAGUGAAUCACAGCCUACAAAAGACAAAUCUCAUAAGAAAAAAGAGACAAAAAGCAAAGAUACCACUGAUGCAGUUAAGGAUGAAAUGGAUGAAUGCUCCAUUCAAUACUAUGGUGAACUGACAGAGCCUGAGGUUAAAACUUUGAAGAAAGAGAACAAUUGGCAGAAUAUUAAGGGCGAACCCCGCGAAGAGAAAGCGGAUGCGGCCAGUCCUACAAGGAAGAGGAAAAAGGACAAAGGACGAAGUGCGAAGAUGGGACGCGUGGGAACAGAGGAUGAAAAGACCUUGAGAAAAGAUCGAGAAGGGAAAUCCAGUCAUAAAAAUAAGCGCAAAAAGGACACCGUGGAUGCGGAUGAACCCAGGAAGAAAAAGGGGAAAGCGGGAAAGGAGAGUGUGAUCCAGAAGCCUGAUGAUGAAGCCAGACUGUGGAAAUGGUGGGAGGAGGGACAGUCUCUCGAUGGACAAAAAUGGAAGACCCUUGAGCACAAGGGACCUCUAUUCCCGCCAGAAUAUGAAUCCUUACCACAAAUUGUGUCUUUCUAUUAUAAAGGAAAGCCUGUCAGACUGAGUCCGACUGCAGAGGAAGUUGCCACUUUCUAUGCCAAGAUGCUGGACCAUGAAUACACCACCAAGGAAGUCUUUCAGAAGAAUUUCUUCACAGACUGGAGAAUGGAAAUGACAGACGAUGAACGUAACUUGAUCCGAGAUCUCUCCAAGUGUGAUUUUCGGGAGAUCCACAAAUACUUUGUGGAUAAAGCAGAGGAGAAGAAGGCCUUAAGCAAAGAGGAGAAAAAGGUUCUUAAGGAGGAAGCCAACAAGCAAACAGAGGAGUAUGGAUACUGCCUCCUUGAUGGGCACCGUGAAAAGAUUGGCAACUUCCGGGUGGAGCCGCCUGGCCUGUUCCGUGGCCGUGGAGAGCACCCCAAAAUGGGCAAGCUGAAGAGGAGGGUCCUUCCAGAAGACAUUACCAUAAACUGCAGCAAUGAAUCCAAUAUCCCAGUACCUCCCAAGGGCCAUCGCUGGAAGAAGGUCCAGCAUGACAACGCCGUAACUUGGCUGGCCUCCUGGGUGGAGAACGUACAGGGGAGCAUCAAGUACAUUAUGCUUAACCCCAGCUCCAAACUUAAGGGCGAAAAGGACUGGCAGAAGUAUGAAAUUGCACGCAAACUGAAGCUUAAGGUAGCCAUGAUCCGAAGACAAUAUCAGACUGACUGGAAGUCUCGGGAGAUGAAGAAGAGACAGAGAGGGGUUGCUGUGUAUUUCAUAGACAAGCUGGCCCUUCGUGCAGGUAACGAGAAGGAGGAGGGAGAGAGUGCGGACACGGUGGGCUGCUGCUCUCUGCGCGUGGAACACAUCACCCUACACGAGGAGCUGGAUGGCCAGAAGUGGGUAGUGGAAUUUGAUUUCCUGGGCAAGGACUCAAUUCGCUACUACAACAAAGUGCCUGUAGAGAAGCGGGUUUUCAAAAAUUUAAAUCUGUUCAUGGAAAAUAAAAGCCCUGAAGAUGAGCUGUUUGACAGAAUAAAUACUGUUUACUUGAACAAGACGCUGAAUGAGUCCAUGACCGGACUAUCAGCUAAAGUGUUCAGAACCUUCAAUGCCUCCACCACUCUGCAAGAACAGCUGAACAAAUUGACGCAUGCUGAUAUGUCUUUGGAGGAGAAGAUACUGUCAUACAACCGUGCAAAUAGAGCUGUGGCCAUACUCUGCAACCACCAGAGGGCAGCACCCAAGACAUUUGAGAAGUCCAUGCAGCUCCUACAGGAGAAGAUUGCCCAGAAGCGAAAACAAGUGGAGGAAGCAAAGAAAGAGCUGAAAGACGUACAGACUCAGGACCGCAACUAUAGUACUGACAAAUCAAGAAAUAUGGUGGAGAAGAAAGAGAAUGCUGUGAAAAGGCUGGAGGAGCAGCUGAAGAAACUGCUGCUUCAGAUGACCGAUAGAGAGGAGAACAAGGUCAUUGCUCUUGGAACGUCCAAACUCAAUUACCUGGACCCCAGGAUCUCUGUAGCUUGGUGUAAAAAGUUUGAAGUUCCAGUUGAGAAGAUUUACAACAAAACACAAAGGGACAAGUUUGCAUGGGCUAUAGCUAUGACUCAGGAGGACUACCAGUUCUAAUGUUCAAAUUAUUUUGGGGUAAUGCUCGGUUCUUCUAUUUUUUUUUUUUUUUUAUUAAAAGAAACACUUUUUGUAAGUCUAAAUGCUGCUUAGUCUUGACCCCUUGUGCUGAUCUAUGUAUAUUUCUGCAGAUGAUGCAAAACUGGAUAUUAUUUUCUGAUUAAAUGGCUCUUGAUACCAACCCCCCCCCCCCCCUCCAAAAAAAAAACUUGUAUUAGUUUCCAUCAUUUUUUCCAUUGUGUGAAACUUCAUUCUGUUCUUGAAGCACUUGAAUCACUGCUUUCCCAGCAGAAAAUAAACAUUUGUCCACACCUGUUGAGAACAUUUUUUAAGGAGGCUAUACAUUGAAUGUGUUACAUGCAUGACAUUGGAUUUAAUAUGAUUAUCACAUUGGAAAUAAAAAAAUGUAUGAACAUUGC